GUGCCCUCUUCGAGCUUUUCCGUCGCUACGUGAGUCCUUUUCUCCCCUCUCCUGUCCGCUCUCUGCGCGUAAUUUGCUCACGACAUUUUCGUCUCGUCAUAUCGCUCACUGCUCGCCUGUUCCGUGUUUUCACGGACCGUCCGUCUCGCCGUGGUUUCCUGGCGUUUAUUUUUACUUUGCACAAUUCUACCCCCCACCAGCACGAUAACCCCGCUGGAACCGCGGUUGCGCUAUUCAGCUAUAAGAACCGUUCGGCUAUCUCUCAGCAGUUGCUAAAGUCCGCUCCCCGCGCGACAACCGCUGCUGGUUACCCAUCUCACCCAGAACGUGCAGACCUUCUGCAUAGACAGAGUACUUAUACCUCUCUCUUCCCUUCCUCCAUCCCCUUCUUCGUCAUUCCCGCAUCCCUUCAUCUCGCAAAUCGUUAUCACCACCCACCUACCACUUUCUUCUUCUACCAUUCACCUCACUAGAAGCACACGAUGACGAGUGUUGCUACUUUCCAUUCAGAGUUGAAUCGUCUGCUAUCAUCCAAUGCCCAAUGGGCAGCUGAUGUCUCCAAGCACGAGCCUGGCUUCUUUACCGAAUGCGCCAAGGGACAGGCUCCGAAGGUGCUUUGGAUCGGAUGUGCGGAUUCGCGUGUGCCAGAGAGCGUAAUCAUGGCCUGCAAACCCGGUGAAAUCUUUGUUCAUCGGAACAUCGCCAACCAAUUUCACCUGGACGACGACUCGGCUCAGGCGGUGCUCGCUUACGCAGUUAAUCAUCUCGGAGUCGAACACGUCGUCGUCGUCGGACACACCCAGUGCGGUGGCGUUGCGGGCGCAUAUGACGCAGCGUGCAGCCCUUCAGGUAACGCGCUGAAAGCCGGAACGACCCCACUCUCCCGCUGGCUCACCCCACUCAUCCAACUCGCCAGCACCUCCUCCCUUCCUUCCCCCAUCUCCCCCGACGAACGCAUCGCAAUGCUCACGAAACUAAGCGAAGCGAACGUCUGCGCUCAAGUUCAAAACAUCACCGCAAGCGAGGUUAUGCAAUCCGUCUGGCAAAAGGCGAAGACAGGUGAAGACCCGAAGGUUAAGAACGUGUACGUCCAUGGAUGGGUGUAUGAGCUUGAGAGUGGUAGGUUGAGAGACUUGGGUGUGAGUUGUGGACCGGAGGGAAUGGUGGGUAACAAGUUUGUUGGUGGGGAUUUGGAUUUCAAUGUGAAUGCUUAAUGAUGCAGAAGAGGAGAUUGAAAUCAAUACUACUGCCACUACAACACGUAGUAGUAGGGAAUGGUUUUUUUGUGCGAAGUAGAGCAUAU